AUGGUCCCCAAAGAAGGAGUUCAGUAUCCUGAAAUUAUCAAACUGCUCCGGCAUUUCAGGUGGACAUUGGUCGGUCUGGUUGCUCCAGACUCCGAUGGUGGAGAGAGGUUCAUGAGAAGUUUGACUUCUCUGCUUGUCAGGAAUGGCAUUUGCGUUGUUUUAUCCCAAAGCUUCCCUGUAACUUCCCCUCAUGUACUUGUUGAUGAUUUUCAAUUGUACAAAUGGAGACAAGUUAAUGUCUUUGUUUACUAUGUGGAGAUUGGUUCCUUCAUUAGAGGAAUAUUCAUUACUCAGAAGAUCAACGAACCUUACACACAACCCACAGUUGGAAAGGUCUGGAUCACUUCAGCUUUGUGGGAUUUUACUUUAGAUUUACAAUAUACCACAUUGAUUAUUCCAUCUAUCUAUGGCUACAUUUCCUUCUUAAUCCAGACAAAUAAAAAUGCCAACUAUGGUGAUUUUCAAUCUGUUUAUGCAGCUAUGACAGACUUUAUGGACAAAACAUUUCACUGUUCAUAUUCCAAGCAUGGCUUGUCUGUGAAAGGCUGGACAAGAUGCUCAGAGAAUAAGGAUGCAGAAGCUCUGCCCCAAGAGCAGAAAGAAGGAAUCCUGUCUCUUGACAGCUACAUCACUUAUCGCUCUAUAUGGACUGUGGCCAGGGCCUUAAAUACUGCAUAUUCAUCCAGAUCCAAAAGGAAAAGGAAGGAUAAUAAAGAUUGCUUGGCUCUUCAGCACUUACAGCCAUGGCAGUCCCUCCCUGAAUCUAAAUGUGUGGAGAGCUGCUAUCUUGGUUUCUUCAUGGUGCCUCAGGAAGGGGAGCCUCCUUGCUGCUAUGACUGUCUUCCUUGCAGGGAAGGGACCAUCUCCACUCAGGAAGAUGCGGAAAAAUGUACCAAAUGCCCAGAGGAUAAGCAUCCAAAUGAAAAACGAGAUCAGUGUAUCCCCAAGAUCACAACCUUCCUAACUUACAAAGAGCUUCUGGGGAACAUCUUGGCUUCCUUUGCCCUGAUCUUGUCUUUAACCACCGUGCUUGUCUUAGCAAUCUUCAUUAGAUACUUGGAAACUCCAAUAGUCAAGGCCAACAACAGGGGCCUCUCUUACAUCCUCCUCAUUUCCCUAUUGUUCUCCUUUCUGACUUGCUUUCUCUUCAUUGGCCAGCCAAGGAAAGCCACUUGUCUUCUCCGUCAAACUGUUUUCAGCAUUGUCUUCUCAACAGCUGUCUCUUCAGUCUUAGCCAAGACAAUCACAGUAGUGUUGGCCUUCCUGGCCACAAAGCCAGGCAGCAACAUGAGAAGGUGGCUGGGGAAGACUCUGGCCAACUCCCUGGUUCUUUCUUGUUCUGGGAUUGAAAUGCUCAUUUGCUGUAUCUGGUUAGGAGUCUCUCCUCCAUUCCCUGACUCUGACUUUCAUUCCCAGCCUCGAGAAAUCAUCCUGCAAUGCAAGGAAGGGUCUGUUGCCCUGUUCUAUGGAUCCCUGGGCUACAUGGGCAUCCUGGCUGCCAUCUGCUUCACAGUGGCUUUCCUGGCCAGGAAUCUGCCUGGAGCCUUCAAUGAAGCCAAGCUAAUCACCUUCAGCAUGCUGGUCUUCUGCAGUGUCUGGAUCUCUUUUGUACCCACCUACCUGAGCACCAAGGGGAAAUACAUGGUGACUGUGCAGGUCUUCUCCAUUUUGGCCUCCAGCACUGGGCUGUUGGGCUGCAUCUUCAUCCCCAAGUGCUAUAUUAUUAUCCUGAGGCCAGAUCUUAACACAAAGGAGCAGCUUGUAUUAAAAGUAAAAUAA